CCACCACCAUUUCUAUCUGCCCCCUCUUACCUAGGCUCCACUUAGUCCACAGAUGAACUAGGACUUUCCAAGCCCACAAAUGAUUUCUCCCAAACAACACAGAAAGAGAGGAACUUGAGGAUGAGGCUCGAACCUGGGUUCCCCUCCCCUCGUACCUACGUUUCAGCCAGCUUUAUUCUCUCCGCUGGUGGCUGGGCCGCUGUCCGAGCCCCGCCUCUUGGGUUCGCACGCGGCCCCCGCCUGACCCGGCGCCCAGGGGCGGAGUAGGGCGGAGCGGGCGGCAAACGCAGCACUUUCGCGGCUUUGACAAGCCCGCAGCGGCCGGGCUGGAACGCUGAGCCCGGCCGAGACUGCGCCAUGCAGGAAGCGCCAGCUGCGCUGCCCACGGAGCCAGGCCCCAGCCCGGUACCUGCCUUCCUCGGCAAGCUAUGGGCGCUGGUGGGCGACCCAGGCACCGACCACCUCAUCCGCUGGAGCCCGAGUGGGACCAGCUUCCUCGUAAGUGAUCAGAGCCGCUUCGCCAAGGAAGUACUGCCCCAGUAUUUCAAGCACAGCAACAUGGCGAGCUUUGUUCGCCAACUCAACAUGUACGGUUUUCGGAAGGUGGUGAGCAUUGAGCAAGGUGGCCUGCUCAGACCGGAGCGCGACCACGUUGAGUUCCAGCAUCCAAGCUUUCUGCGAGGUCGCGAACAGCUACUGGAGCGCGUGCGCCGCAAGGUACCUGCGCUGCGAGGCGACGACAGUCGAUGGCGUCCUGAAGACCUGGGCCGACUGCUGGGAGAAGUGCAAGCUCUGAGGGGAGUGCAGGAGAGCACCGAGGCACGGCUGCAGGAGCUCAGGCAGCAGAACGAGAUCUUGUGGCGAGAGGUGGUGACCCUGCGGCAGAGCCACAGUCAGCAGCAUCGGGUCAUCGGCAAGCUAAUCCAAUGCCUGUUCGGGCCACUUCAGACAGGGCCUGGCAGUACAGGAACCAAGAGAAAGCUGUCCCUAAUGCUAGAUGAGGGAAGCUCUUGCGCAGCAUCUGCCAAAUUCAAUGCCUGCUCCCUGUCAGGUGCUCUCCUCCAGGACCCCUACUUUAUCCAGUCGCCUUCUAAUUGCAGCCCCUCCCAGAGGCUACCUUGGGCCUCAGCCCUCACAGGGCUAGAGGGCCCAUCAUCUCUGACAUCCCAGAAGACUCCCCCUCUCCUGAAGGGCACAGACUUUCUCCCUCCAGUGGAAAUAGGAGCACCCCCGCCGCUGCCUGUGGCUGUGGUGCAGGCCAUCCUGGAAGGGAAGGGGAGCCUCAGCCCUGAGGGGCCCAGGAGUGUACAACAGCCUGAACCAAGGGGGCCCAGGGAGGACCCAUGGCAGUUCUUUAUGCACAGGGGAACUCUGGGCCUGGAUCAGGGUAACCGGAGCCCAGAGAGUCUGCUGCCUUCGAUGUUGCUUCGGCCUCCCCCUGAAACUGUGGAGCCCAUGGCAUCCAUGGAUGUGCUGGGCCCUAGCCUGCAAGGACGAGAAUGGACCUUGAUGGAUUUGGACAUGGAGCUGUCUCUGAUGCAGCCCUUGGCUCCAGAGAGGGGUGAUGCAGAGCUGACAGUCAAGGAGUUGAAUUCGUCUGGUGUAGGGAAAGACCACACGCUGGGACCCCCACUCCUGCUGGAUGUCCAGGAUGAUUUGGAGGGUGCAGCCCUGUCUGUGCCUGGGGCUUUAGCCCUUUACAAUGCCCCUGAGAGCAAUGUCACCUACUUGGAUCCUGGAGCCAGUCCCUCCUCCCGCUGAGACCCACACCCCUCUGACGAAGCCUGCUUAAGGAACCAGCAAUCAGCAGCACCCUCUUUUGGGCUUCCUGGCGCCUCCUCCCC